AUGUCCAAGACCCACAUAAGCACAGUGGUCAAAGGUAGCAUAGGAUAUAUGGACCCUGAAUACUAUCAGCUUCAACAGCUGAUUGAAAAGUGUGAUGUGUACUAUUUUGGUGUAGUGUUGUUAGAAGUAUUGUGUGCAAGACCACCGUUGCUUCAUACAAUUAAGAAGAAUCAAGUGAGCCUAGCGCAGUGGGCCCCAGAGUGCUAUCACAACAAAAUGCUUGAUCAGAUUGUCGAUCAGUUUUUGAAGGGUGCGAUCAAGCCGAAGUGUCUGAAGAAAUUUGGUAAUGUUGCGGUGAAUUGUUUGCUUGAUGACGGUACCAAACGGCCAUCCAUGAAUGAGGUAGUGUGGGGCCUUGAGUUGGCAUUACAAAUGCAGAAGAGCGCCAAUGAUAUCAGUCUUUGUGGGGAAAUGAAUGAACCCUUGUUUCAAGAGUUGGCAAAAGGCAACAGUGACAACGUGUUUAAUUCUAGCAAGUAG